AAAACUUCAAAGUCUUUGUAAUCUUAUAAAUACACACGUCAUUAAGUACCAAAGCAGCACCUCCUCCAUCUUCACUGCAAAUCACUUGUUCUCUCAGAAUUAGAGAUGGCUUUUUCUAAAGCUCUUCCUUUUGUGGCUAUGCUUAUUGUGGUGCUACCUGUGGUUGCUAUGGCAGAUAUUGAUGGCAACAUGACUGCUUUCUAUGGGAGGCUGUGUCAAGAAGUGGAUUGUGGAAAGGGAACAUGCGUAGUAAACACAUCAUACCCAUUGAGCUACAUGUGCCAAUGUCAGACUGGAUGGAAGCAAACUCAAUAUGAUGAUGAUGAUGUUAAUGAUAAACAUAAGUUCCUCCCUUGCGUGAUUCCAAACUGUACUCUUAACUAUGGCAGCUGCCAGCCAGCCCCACCUCCAGCUCCACAAAAAGCAGCUCCCCAAAACAGCUCCUUCUUCGAUCCUUGCUAUUGGAUGUACUGUGGAGAGGGUACAUGCACAAACAACGGAACAUACAGACACAUGUGUUCAUGCAAUCCUGGUUUCUCUAAUCUUCUCAACAUCUCUUACUACCCUUGCUAUAGCCAAUGUACACUUGGAUCUGAUUGUGCCGAAAUUAUCAGAGUAGCAAAUUCAACAUCUGAUGGAACUGGAACCGGAAAUGGAACAACCCCUGGUGGAAAUCCUGCUAGCACCAUUUUGCCACUGAAGUUCCAAUGGAUUAUUAUAUUGGUCAUCAAUAUGCUUAUGGCUCUGAAGUAGGAUGGAAACUGAAGGAGGAAGAUCCAGGCUAGUCAGCAUUUUAGUUUCACCAAAUGAGACACUUGGUUAUACUCACUAAUAAAUUCCAUUUGGUGCAUCAUUUGUUUACUUAUACACCAGAUUCUUGUGUAGAAAUUCAGUUUGUAUGCGAAUAAAAGUCAGAACACAGACCUAGAUGGAGGAUGAGUGUUGUAUAUAGAACACUGUAGGAUCCAUAUGUUUUGAUAUAACUGUUUUGAUUAUUUAUUUAUA